GGUAUCACAAAAAACAGCCCAUCGACUAUUGGUAAAAUGCAGCAGCAGCUACUCAACAGCAAUGGAAACGAAGGAUCAGUAUCAACCUUUACCAUAAGAAGAGGCAAUGGGGCGAAUGCGAACACAGUGAAUAGGGAUACGGAUACGGAAAUGGAAAUGUGCUCGAGUAUGGUGUCAACAAGUGAUUACGAAAAUACUGACCAGGAUACCGAUUCAAAGAGUUCCAGUACAACGGACAGUUCGAACGAGUCAGAUGUUAAUAGAAGGAGUACUCACUCAACUCGAUACAUAUUAGCAAAAAAGUCGGAUUCAUGCGCAAGAUACACUAAGAAGGCGAAGAAAGCUCGUCCGAGGAAUGGAACUGACGAUACAAAAAUUAUUAUAUGCCGCAAAGAGCAGGUUAACCUUUCGAACGGCUCCGACAGUGUUGAUGUUGAUUCUCAGCUAAGAGAUAGAGUUGAAGGUGGAGUUACGGGCACCGGCUCCAUCCAGCUGCUUGAAAAUCCGAUGCGAAAAGGCGAUGACGUCGUGGCACCACAGCAUAGAAAAGUGAUUAAGCAAGAACAUAAUGUUGAUAUUAGUCCUGCGUCCGAGCUGUUGAUUCCUGCCCAACAAAAAGAAGCUAUGGAGAUGGAAAAGUUGAAUAAAAUUUCACCGAGCCGAGAAGCUAUUUCAGAAGAAAGAUGUCCGCCUACGUCCUCGUCCUCAGCAACAACCUCAUAUUUUUCAAUUUAUGGAAGAGAUCCUUCUUUAGAAUACUCUGCUAUACCUAAGCUAGGUUUUUCACAAAGAGAACAACCAGUGCUGUCUGGCUGUAUCCGGGAGGACCGUACAUAUGAAAAGGAUCACACGGUCUCCGAAAUGAUACGACAACUUCAACUGAUUAGAAGUCGCUUGCUUACACAGGCAAGUAACAGCGCGAUUAUAUACUUUUGUCAAUCAAAAUCUUAG